GAUUUAGAGUAAAGGGAGAGGGGAGGAGGAGCUCUGCUCAGACAAUCCAGGGGCAGUAAUACAGGAAGGACACACUGAAGCUGCAGUUUGAGUCAGAUCAGACUGUUUUACAGUCAACAGCAGGAGGAGGAAAACAAGUCAGACUGACUGAAGUCCAGAAGAUGAGUGAUUGUGUGAAGGAAGAGGAGGAUGGAGCAGAGUCUCAGUCAUCUGACUGUGUGUCCAUGAAGAGUGACCGGUCCAACAACCCCCCCCCAGACCUCAGUAAUGAACCUGGACCCUCAGACACACAACUCUGGUUCUGCAGACAGUGCAUCACCUCAGAUUGGGACCAGUCUGGCUCAUCAGGAGACUCCUCCUGUCCCCAGUGUGGGCAAAGAUCCAGACCAGGACCUGGACUGCAGACAGCCAGUCAGACCAGCACUGUACAAACAGAUAGUGGUCUGCAGGAGGUUUUAGAUGAACAUCAGAUCAGUCUGAGGAGGAGAUGUGAACGUGUGACUGAAGGAACUGAUGGAACAGGAAGUAGAACCCUCCUCAACAGGAUCUACACUGAGCUCUACAUCACAGAGGGACAGAGUGAAGAGGUUAAUACCCAACAUGAGGUGAGGCAGCUGGAGACAGCUUCCAAGAAGAAGACCCUCCAUGACACUCCAAUCAGGUACCAGGACAUCUUUAAAGCCUUACCUGACCAACAGAGACCCAUCAGAGUGGUUCUGACCAACGGCGUCGCUGGUGUUGGAAAAACCUUCUCAGUGCAGAAGUUCACUCUGGACUGGGCAGAGGGCUUGGAAAACCAAGAUGUCAGUCUGCUGGUUCUGCUUUCGUUCAGGGAGCUGAACCUGAUCAGAGAUGAGCAGUACAGUCUUCUCACGCUGCUCCAUGUUUUCUAUCCAACAUUACAGAAGGUCACAGCAGAGAAGCUGGCUGUCUGUAAAGUUCUGUUCAUCUUUGACGGCCUGGAUGAAAGCAGACUUUCACUGGAUUUCAACAACAGGAAGGUUGUGUCUGACGUCACACAGAAGUCAUCAGUCAACCAGCUGCUGACAAACCUCAUCCAGGGGAAUCUGCUUCCCUCGGCUCUGGUCUGGAUAACUUCCAGACCUGCAGCGGCCAAUCAGAUCCCUCCUUCAUGUGUUGACAGGGUAACAGAAGUACGAGGCUUCACUGACCCACAGAAGGAGGAGUACUUCAGGAGGAGAUCCAGUGAUGAAGAGCUGUCCAACAGAACCAUCUCACACAUCAAGACCUCCAGGAGCCUCCACAUCAUGUGUGGAGUCCCAGUCUUCUGCUGGAUCACUGCUACAGUUCUGGAGCACAUGUUGACUACAGAGCAGAGAGGAGAGCUGCCCAAGACCCUGACUGACCUGUACUCACACUUCCUGCUGGUUCAGACAAAGAGGAAGAAGAACAAGUACCAUGAGGGACAUGAGACGAGUCCACAGGAGCUGACGGAGGCUGACAGGGAAGUUCUUCUGAAGCUGGGGAGGCUGGCGUUUGAACAUCUGGAGAAAGGAAACAUCAUGUUCUACCAAGAAGACCUGGAGCAGUGUGGUCUUGAUGUGACAGAGGCCUUGGUGUACUCAGGAGUUUGUACAGAGAUCUUCAAAAGAGAGAGUGUGAUCUUCCAGAAAACAGUCUACUGCUUUGUUCAUCUGAGCGUUCAGGAGUUUCUGGCUGCAGUCUACAUGUUCCACUGUUUCACCAACAGGAACACACAGGUACUGAAGGACUUCCUGGGAGAAGAUCAUAGUGACCCAUGUCUGGAGGACUUCCUGUGGAGAGUCAUGGAAAAAUCCCUGGAAAGUAAAAAUGGCCACCUGGACCUGUUUGUUCGCUUCCUUCAUGGCCUCUCUCUGGAGUCCAACCAGAGACUCUUAGGAGGUCUGCUGGGUCAGACAGAGAACAGUCCAGAAAUCAUCCAGAGAGUCAUCAACAACCUGAAGAGAAUGAACACGUUCAGUAUCUCUCCUGACAGAAGCAUCAACAUCUUCCACUGUCUGAUGGAGAUGAACGACCACUCAGUUCAUCAGGAGAUCCAAGAGUUCCUGAAGUCAGAGAACAGAUCAGAGCAGAGACUCUCUGAGAUCCAGUGCUCAGCUCUGGCCUACAUGCUGCAGAUGUCAGAGGAGGUUCUGGAUAAGUUAGGCCUGGAGGAGUACAACACAUCAGAGGAGGGACGACGGAAAUUGAUCCCAGCUGUGAGGAACUGCAGGAAGGCUCGAUUUACUGAUUGUGGACUCUCAGAGACUCACUGUGAAGUUGUGGCCUCAGCUCUGAAGUCCAACCCCUCCCAUCUGACUGAACUUGACCUGAGUGACAACGAAGACCUUAAGGAUUCAGGAGUGAAGGUGGUCUCUGCUGGACUGGAGAGUCCACACUGUAGACUGGAGACUCUGAGGUUGAAGAACUGCAGUUUGUCAGAGAUCAGCUGUUCUUCUCUGGUCUCAGCUCUGAAGUCCAACCCCUCCCAUCUGAGAGAACUGGACCUGAGUGGAAACAACCUGAAGGAUUCAGGAGUGAAGGAGCUGUGUGGUUUUCUACAGAGUCCAGACUGUAGACUGGAGACUCUGAGGUUGAGUCUCUGCAGUUUGUCAGAGAUCAGCUGUUCUUCUCUGGUCUCAGCUCUGAAGUCCAACCCCUCCCAUCUGAGAGAACUGGACCUGAGUGACAACGACCUGCAGGAUUCAGGAGUGAAGGAGCUGUGUGGUUUUCUGCAGAGUCCAGACUGUAGACUGGAGACUCUGAGGUUGAGUCUCUGCAGUUUGUCAGAGAUCAGCUGUUCUUCUCUGGUCUCAGCUCUGAAGUCCAACCCCUGUGAACUGAGAGAACUGGACCUGAGUGAAAACUGGGACCUGAAGGAUUCAGAUGUGAAGGAGCUGUUAGAUCUUGUGAAGAAUCCAGACUAUAGACUGGAGACUCUGAGGUUGGAGUCCUGCAGUUUGUCAGAGAUCAGCUGUUCUUCUCUGGUCUCAGCUCUGAAGUCCAACCCCUCCCAUCUGAGAGAACUGGACCUGAGUAACAACAACCUGCAGGAUUCAGACCUGAAGCUGCUGUGUGGUUUACUGAGGAAUCCAGACUGUAGACUGGAGACUCUGAGGUUGAGUCUCUGCAGUUUGUCAGAGAUCAGCUGUUCUUCUCUGGUCUCAGCUCUGAAGUCCAACCCCUCCCAUCUGAGAGAACUGGACCUGAGUGACAACAACCUGUAUGAUUCAGGAGUGAAGGAGCUGUGUGGUUUUCUGCAGAGUCCAGACUGUAGACUGGAGACUCUGAGGUUGAGUCGCUGCAGUUUGUCAGAGAUCAGCUGUUCUUCUCUGGUCUCAGCUCUGAAGUCCAACCCCUCCCAUCUGAGAGAACUGGACCUGAGUAACAACUGGUACCUGCAGGAUUCAGGAGUGAAGGAGCUGUGUGGUUUUCUGCAGAGUCCAGACUGUAGACUGGAGACUCUGAGGUUGAAGAACUGCAGGUUGUCAGAGAUCAGCUGUUCUUCUCUGGUCUCAGCUCUGAAGUCCAACCCCUCCCAUCUGAGAGAACUGGACCUGAGUGAGAACUACCUGUAUGAUUCAGGAGUGAAGGAGCUGUGUGGUUUUCUGCAGAGUCCAGACUGUAGACUGGAGACUCUGAGGUUGAGGUUCUGCAGUUUGUCAGAGAUCAGCUGUUCUUCUCUGGUCUCAGCUCUGAAGUCCAACCCCUCCCAUCUGAGAGAACUGGACCUGAGUGAAAACAAGCUGCAGGAUUCAGACCUGAAGCUUCUGUUAGAUCUUGUGGAGGACCCAGACUACAGACUGCAGACUGUGAGGGUCGACGACAGAGUGUUUAAAGCCUCCAUAGACAAAACCUGUCGCUCUGAUGUCAGACUGGAUCCAAACACAGAGUUGAGGCCUCCAACGAGCUUCACACCUGAGCUGCAAACUGAAUCUACACGAGUCUCCUACAGGUUCAGGUGUCCUGGUCCAGGUGGGUUCCAGUGUUCUUCGACUGGACUGGUGUUUGUUGUGGAUCAGGAGGCGGAGCUUCUCUACAGGACCGUCCAAUGGAACAAGAGACUCCUCAAAUCAGCUGGGAAGAAAGCUGCAGGACCAUUGUUUAACAUCCAGUGUCCUGAGGCUGCUGUGUGUGAGCUGCACCUCCCACACUGUGAAACACAGGAUGCUGUGAUCCAUGAGGACCUGCUGUCUGUCGUCCACAUCACUGAUGAUGGACUGAGCUUCCUCAAACCGCUGCAGAUCACAGACACUCAUGUGAUCGUCAGAGUCCCUCAUCUCUCCUCCUUCGGCCUGGUCUCGGUUAGGAAGAUAUUUGAGAAGUUACGGAACAAGAAACCAGUUAGCAGCAAAGUGUUGUUGUUCCUUCCACCACCAAACCCAAAAACACAGAGACAAAACCUCAAUGUGUUUCUCCUGCCGAGGAACGUCCCCCUGGACGAGGUGAAGGCAAAACAGGAAACCUCAAAGUACAUCCAGACUCCGUCCUACUGCAGACUCAUCAAAUAUCAGAAGUACUCUGUUCACUGUGGGAAGGCCCAGAAGGUUCAGCCUAAGAGAGCAGAGUUUGACCUGGAUCUGGGACCAGAUUAUCUCCCAACGUUUGAGAUCCGUCUGCCGAUAAACACAGAGGAAGCCACUCUGAUGAUCCACGACCAAACAAAUACAGAGGUCUGGGAGCAUGACGUUGACCUGUCGGGUGUAAGAAGAGAAACCGAGCAGAGCAGCGUCCCAGCAGAGGACAGUGUCUCACCAGAGGACCUCACAGCAGAGGAGAAGCUGCGCUCAGUUCGUAAAGAGUUUAUUAACAGAGUAUCUGAAGCUGUUCUGAACCAGCUCCUGGAUAAACUUCUUGAGUGUGGUGUUGUAAAUGAUGAAGAAAUGCAGGCAGUGAGAGCAAAAACCAGAGCAGAUAAAGCUCGAGACGUGAUCGACACAGUGAGAGGAAAGGGAACAGAGGCCAGCUCAGCUCUGAUCUCUGCUCUCUGUGAGGUGGAUCCCUGUCUUUCCAGAGAGCUCACAUUAAGAUGAAACAAAGACCAGAACCUGUGGAUCCAUCCAGUCCCUCACAGGGCUCUGUCUCUGUGAAGGUCAGCAGCUUCUCCUCAGGGAUCCAUUUAAUCUGCUUUGUAUCAGCUGCUCCACACAGAUAAACCCUCAGGACUCUGCUCCGUCACCUCCACAAACACUGGAUGCAAAAUACCUGUCUUCAGCUGAACGACACAGGUGAUUGUUUUUGGAGUAAAACCAGCCUCAGACUGAACUUUGAACUGUCACCAUCACGUUCAUCUCCUCAGGCCUGGAUUAUCUGCAGUCCUCUCUCUCUGGUCUGCACUGACACUCCUGACUGGUCCCAGUAACAGAGACAGCAUCACACUGGUGCUGCUGUCUCUGAACAGGACUGAACAGGUUCUUUUCUGUCUCCACUGCAGCUGGAGAUCCUCCUGUUGUUCACUGUUAGACUGAGCUCUGUGAUUCAGGGACAUCCAGCUCCAAACCUCCAAACCUCUCAGUCACUAACACUAAACACUAAACACUAAACUCAGGGUUGACAUGUUGUCACUGGCCUUUGGUUCCUCUCAAUAUUUUAGGAGUUUAUUUUUAUACACAGAUCUAUAAGAUUUAUUCUGAUGUUUGUUGUAUUUUAUCACUGAUGUCAUUUUAAUCACUGUGACUUUAUAAUUUAAUGAGACUGUUUUAAACCAGCUGCAGAAAUAAACUUGACCUGAUCUGAAAAUC